GCGGGCCAUCGCCCCGCUCUCUCUUCACUCUGAGUGGUCAAACUUGGCCAUGGUCGGGGGCCCACCGCCCCGGGGGCCGCGGUAUAAAAUCGGGGCCCACCUGCUCGCCGCAGUCCUUUUCGUUCCGAGGCGUGUGAGCUUUUGAGUAGCGGCCGCGAGUGUUUCAGCGCGCAGUGCGAGAUUCUCACGUCCCGGGCGCCUUCCGAGCGGAGAAACAAACCAUGGGGUUUGCAUCCCGUGCCCGCCUCUUGUUGCUGCUCGUCGCCUGUCUGCACGCCACGGCGCCUUCGCCGGCCACCGCGCACCCGGCGGACGGAGCGGCCGAGAAAGACGGCGGUGCGGGCAGCCUCCCCAAAACGCGUCUCUCCAUGCAGGGCGCAGUGGAGGUUGGGCAGUGUCUGGUGGCGGCCGCGGACGCGGGGUGCGGCGCGUUCGCGUGCCUGGAGAACACCACGUGCGACGGCCCCGGCCUGCAGGCGCUCUGCGCCGAGCUGGUGCGACACGCGGACAUGUACGACGUGCAGGGGAAGUCUUUCAUCAAGGAGGCUCUGAAGUGCAUGGCUCAAGGGCUGCGCGGCCGCUUCAACUGCAACCAGCGCAAGUGCUCGGCGCUCAGCGAGCUGUCCCUGCAGCUGCAGCGGGAGUGCUACCACAGACACGAGCUGUGCGCCGCCGCGAGGCCCAACGCCGAGGCCAUGGCCCUGUCCGUGCCGCCCCCCACCGCGCUCCCCAAGGGCCCCUACCUGGAGCUGCUGCGUGCGCUCUUCUCGUGCGACAACGCCACCUCGGCCGCCGUGCGCCGCGCCCUCUCGGCGCGUCUCGGCAAGGCGCACGCCUCUGCCCUGGCGCAGAUGCUGGGGGGCAGCGCCCCGCGACGACAACACCCGGGCAAGCCCGCUCCGGGAGAGGCGAGCGAGGGGGGCAGGGAGGGGGCCAAGGAGGGGGGGAAAGAGGGAAGCAGGGAUGGUGGAAGGGAGGGGGGUAAGGAGGGGGGGAAAGACGGAGGACGCAGAGGAGCGUCAGGCGCCCAUCACCCAAAAUCUGGCAAAAGCUCCCAGUAGAGAAGUCCCCCCCACCCACCCCGCUCAUCACCUCCCACGCCCCCCCCCCACCCCACGUUUCUCGGUCCAUUCGACCAGGAUCUAUGCCAGGGUUUCCCAAAUUCUAAACAAAGUCCUCGCGACCCACCGCGGUGUGGUUUUCCGUGCGUACCGAAUACCGGCGAAUGUGCACGCUACACGCGCCUGGUGAUUGGUCAACGUGGCGACAUGCACGCACUGUGCUGUGGGCAGUGAGGAUCGGGUGGCAGGGGGAGGGAGGAUUUUGGAAGCCCUGGGAUGUGCCAAACCAACCCGACCGAGGAGACGGAUUCAUCGGCGUGUGAACAAGCAUGCGCAAUCCUCCAGAUCGCGCAUGCGCCACACCGCGCCCCCCCCCCCCCCCCCCCGCUCGAUCUCAUGGCGACGGGAACACAGCUUCUCACAGCGGGGCCCGAUCAGUGAACCACGCGCGGUCACCUCGAGCCAAGAGUUGGGUUUGGCGAGUGAUGGGUCCCCAAGAGAUGUUGAGAGCACCGAUUAAAAUGAAAACCCAAUACUUAACCCUAAUCUGAACACAAAGAAAUUACGAGAAAUUUUUCUUAGCCCAUCGGUCACAGGUGAGAUGACAAAUGUUCCCGAUAAUCAUAUCCCAUCGGUAUUAAGUAGCCAAUGAAACGUAACUUCACUCGAAUACGAUCAUUGGGGACGAUAACUUACGAUAACAGCACGUACGCACACUAUAUAUAUAGUAUAUAUACGCAAAUACAUCACCAGCUUUGGCGAUGCAGAUGUUUGGGAUUUUGAAAUCGUACGCUAUGUAAGAGCGUACGCCACACUUACGUGAUGCUGCUAUAGAGGAUCGUAGACUGUAGAUUUACAAAAAGCUGCUAUCUCUCUCUCUCUAUGGAAGUAGGGGAAGAAACAGAGGAAGUAACGUGUACCGCGAUGCGGAGACGCACCGUGACACUGGGACACGGAAUCAUUGACCCACUGUUUAUCGAGGUCGCCACUUCGCGCGACCUCGACACCAACUCUACCUCGGCGCGACGGGAGCGACGACGGGAGCCCCCCCCCUCCUCCUCACGUGUGGGGGGAUGGGGGGCGGAAAACUGAGAAUUUUCUUUUGUUUCAGCCGCCGAUAUUUGAUGAAAAAACGCGGCCGAACCAAAAAAAAAAAUCUAAAAUCCGCGGAGAUAUUUUCCCCUUCCAAACUCGGCGUUCCCGCAGGCGCGCGCUACGCACGGAGCCACACGCGCGGCGUAGGCGCCGUCUCCCUCCGGGGGGUUCUCGGCGUGGUCAAAGUUCGACACCAAGGAGCGGUGUGUUGCCUGUGUUUGUUUGUCGUUGUUGUUGUUGUGUGUGGAGCUCACUUCCCCGAGCCUCAUUCACACUUUGAAACGCGUGGGCCUCGCUGGCGGUUUGUUUUCGUUGUUAGGAAUUGAAUCUCGUGCAGACUUUACGUUCAAAUGCGGACGAAAAGAGACGUUUAACCUCAACCACGCGUUUCGGGCCACAUACCACCGCACACCCUCAUCAUCAUCACCACCAACAGUAUGCACACACACGCACACACACGCACGUACGCAAUCAUGACCCGAUCAAGUGAUGGCGCCAGCAGCAGGGAGGGGGGUUGACUCGCACGCCGAACCACCUCGAGUGGGUCAGUCGCCAAUGGUAUCGACCCAAAGUCGUCGUGGGCCACCCCCUUACCUCGGUCGACUCAGCCACAGGGUGAGUGCCCUGUGGCUGAGUCGACCUAGGCGUCAGCUCCUCGUGCGUCGUGCCGACCUCAACAGCUGCUCGCUCACAACAAUCGUGUUCCCCUUUUCCACGAGGAAGCCUCUCCAGGCGGAUAUCUCUUGCGCGUGAGUUGAUUUCAAUCAGAGGCAGGCGCCACCGACCGCGCGCUUCUGUACAACAGCGCCGCCCAGAGCCUCUCCGCCGUCAUCGCUUCUGCGCGUCCUCUGGCUCCGCGGCCAGGGGGAGGCGCUCGCAGUCGUCCCAACUCGUGGAUGUGGCCCCACUGAUGGCGGUGGGGGGUGGGAGGGGGGGACAAUGGACAAUUGACCCCCCCCCCCGACACGCGCCCGUUCUCAUCACAUCCCGGAAGCUAAGCAGGGCUGAGCCUGCAUGCUGCUCGGAUGGGAAACCACCGCGCGCAGCACUCAGGGCAGCAGAGAGGGGGGAGCAGCGAGAGACAUGACCGCCCUGCACCCCCCCCCGCCGCCUCGCUAGUGCGGAACACAAAGAGAGAGAGGAUGAGU